AUGAAGACGCUGCACUUGGCUCUGAUUCUGCUCUCGCUGUCCGGUGUUCUCACUCAGGACAGUAGAUGGGGUGUGAAUUAUCCUAAUAAUCUGAUCUGUGCUGUGAGAGGAUUCAGUGUCUCCAUUCCCUGUAGUUAUUAUUAUCCAACAUCAAAUCCCAACAAUCGGGUGACACAAAUGCUUUGGUGCUCAAUGAACUCAAACACAGUUAAGUGUGAAAUACCUCCGUAUGUUUAUAACAGCUCAUCAAAGACCAAGUCAGACUUUGAGUACGUUGGAGACGACAAAUCAAACUGCACUUUGUUAAUCCACAAUGUACAGUUCAGUUAUUCUGGAAAGUACAAAUUCAGAUUUAUAGCUCAUGUGGACAAAUGGACAGGUGAACCUGGAGUUACUUUACAAACUGCAGAUUUAAAGGUGUCACUAAUCAGGCUCAGUGGAAACGGAAACCUUAAACAAGGAGACUCGUUAAAUCUGACGUGUGAUGUGAACUGCACACACAGUUCCUCACGGUUUGUGUGGUCUAAGAACAACGAGCAGUUAAACACAUCAGGACCCGUUCUUCACUUUCCUGCUCUAACCGUGAGGGAUUCUGGGAAAUACACCUGCACUUGGAAAACCAACGAGAUGUCAGGAUCUAAAACCAUCAGCCUUCAGGUCGAGGGUGAAAGGCCUCAAACUGCUUGGCCAAGCUGGAUCGUUGUCAUGGUAACAGCUGUAGUGAUUGUGAUCGUCUCAGUAAUCACAGUCUCUUGGUUUCUGUGUAAGUGCAGGAGUGUACAGACUGAGCAGAGGGACGAUUCUCACACCUACGCUAACGUCAAGCAGGAAAAGGACAAAGCUAAGAUCUGUGCUAAUGUAGAACAGAAGAAGGACAAUAAUGAGAUCUAA